AUAAAUACGUUUGCUAUCAAACCUCAUUAUAUACUUUGCAGAUAUCUAAAACUAAGAAACAAAAAUCAUCUGUGAGAUAUCCACAGCUCCAAACCAUGGAGGUCAACGUUGAAGAAAAUCGUCAACAUGAAGAAUCAACGGAAUGGUUCGUAAAAUACCUAAACCGUCAAGGCGAUUGGCUAGAGAAAACAAGAGGAAAUCUAAUGGUUGCAGCAACGGUUAUAGCCGCUAUGAGCUUUCAAGUUAUGAUUAGUCCUCCAGGUGGCGUAUGGCAGAGUGAUGGUUGUUCUUCCGGAAAUCAAACUGUUUGCAAGGGGAAAGCCGGAACUGCGGUACUGGAGCACGAGAGUUCGAAGCGUCGACUCUAUCUUGGAAUGGUUAUUAGCAGUACGGUAUCAUUUUCUGCCUCUAUGAGUCUCAUUCUCCUCGUCAUCAGCGGUUUACAACUCAGGAGCCUGAUGAUAAUGGCAAUUCUGGUAAUGUUGAUGGUGGCAGCGGUUCUUUGUAUAUCGGCGGCAUUUUUCUUGGCGGUGGCGUUGGUUAAUACGGACGAUCAAAUCAUUUCUGAUAUACUAAUGAUUUAUUUUGGAUUUUGGAUUGUGUUUCCUAUUUUAAUACUCAUAAUCCAACUCGUUCGAUUUAUAGGUUGGCUUAUUUGUUUUAUAUGUUGUUGUCGUCCACGUCGACGGCGUUCCCCUCGAAGGUUGCCACCAUUGGCUCCAUCUCUUGCGCAUUAACGAAGAGGAGGAAUGAUCAGUGGCUCGAACCCACGUAUGAAAUAAAUAAAAAAUGGUGAUUACUAGAAGAAAAGUCUCCCAUGUUCAUUAUUAGAAGGUUUAACGUUGAUUGUAUAUAUGGGUUUGUUUAAUUACUGCAUCUGUUUUGUUAAUAUUUUUCAGUGUGCAUCGUGUGGUUAAUCUAGUUGCUUGCGGUCUAGUUAACAAAUAAUUACCUUUACCAAUCAAUCGUCUUCUAAAUAUAAUGGGUGCAAAAAACGUUGCAAUUGAAAA